AGUGUCGCCUCCGGCCCUGUGCUGGCGUGAACGUUAACACCGCACGACGAUGGCGGAUAAGGACUACUACAGGCUACUGGGCGUCAGCAAGAACGCCACCGAGGAGGACAUCAAGAAGGCCUACCGUCGACUGGCGUUGCGCUAUCACCCGGACAAGAAUCGAGCGCCGGGCGCGUCGGAGAGGUUCAAGGAGAUCACCGAGGCCUACAACGUGCUGCGCGACAAGAAGACGCGCGAAGAGUACGACAGGAGCGUCGAGGAAGGCGGGAAGGCGAGAUUCGGCGGCCAUCGCGCACACACCCGGCAGUGGGCCGACCCGUUCAACAUCGGCUCGUGUGGACGGCCCAAGCCCACUUCCACGGGGCCCUUCUCGUUCGGCGGAGACCUGUUCCACAACAUUCAUUUCGACACUGCGGCCAAGGCGCGAAGCAACAACUCAUACCGUUCCCUCGUGCAGGACCGCGAAAUCCGCCACGACCUCAGCCUGACAUUGGAGGAAGUCUUUCGAGGUUGCGUCAAGAAGAUGAAGGUCACCCGCAACGUGACCUCCUCCGACGGCCGCUCGCAGUGCCGCGAGCAGAAGGUCCUCACCAUCAACGUCAAGCCGGGCUGGAAGGCGGGUACGAAGAUACGAUUCGAACGCGAGGGGGACCGGCUGCCAGGACGCGUGCCAGCCGACAUCGUGUUCGUGGUCCGCGACAAGCCGCACGAGCUGUUCAAGAGGAACGGCGCCGACGUGCACUACGUGGCCAGGAUAAGCCUAACGGACUCCCUGCGCGGCCUUGAAGUGAACGUGCCCACGCUUACGGGCGGUGUGGUGCCGCUCAACCUAAAGGGCCCCAUCUACCCGUCGGCCACGAAACGCAUCCGCAACGAAGGCCUGCCGCAUCCGAAGGACCCGACCAAACGCGGGGACCUUGUGGUCAGCUUCGACAUCAUUUACCCCGAUACGCCGAAGUAGACGGCUCGAACAACGGGCGUUGCGUCACACCACCGAAAUUCGAACACGGUGUCGCACGGGGGUGAGGCUAGUAUGUCCGGAGCGCAAGGGUCCUGGCGUACUGUUGUGCCCGGAGACGCUUCAAUGUCUUACCUCCGUCAAUGUGUAAUAAGAGUACCUGACG